AUGAUGGACUUAAAGGCUAAAGACGACAGGAUGCCAUCUUAUUAUGAGGAUGUUCUGAAGCAGUUGGACAGAGAGUUGGAGCAGUUCAGUCCGGUCGAUAGCCAAAUCGGAAAGGAAGAUAGCUUUACCAUUAUUUCAGCAGUUAUCACUGGACAUUCUAAUAAAAUUAAGGUAUGUUUUGUUGUUUUAUUUGUUGGUGUUUGGCUUAACUUCUAAAAUAUGGAUGUUGAGGUAUUAGAUUUGGAUGGAUGAUAUAUAUUUUUGUGUUUUGUCCACUUUUUCAAGUUUUUAUGAGUUUGUUUGGUUUGCCAUUGACAACUAAAUGUUUUCAGAAAAUGAUUAACGACAAAGUUGAUAUUAAUCGCGCGAACCAUGAAGGCUGGACGCCGUUGAUGUACGCCUUGACCAAUGGAUGUUCUGAAGCUGUGACGCUGCUUAUGAAGGCUAAUGCCGACUACAAAGUGUUGAACUUUAAAGGAACGAAUGCUCUAGGACUUGGCGGAGCUUACGGACACCGGGGGAGCGUGGGUUUUUCGAUUUUAAUAUUUUUACUGUUAUGUUUUACUAUAACAACUUUAUUGUUUUACUUCGACGAUUUUCGUCGAAUUUUGGGCAGAUUUAAAUGUUUUUGUUAAUAUAUUAGUUUUUAAUUGAUUGUGUUAUUUAAUUUUUGUUGGUUUGUUGACGCUGUUUUAAUUUUUUGGCUCGUAAUCUUAUGUUAUACAUCAUAUACCUUUGUUUUUCAGUUGAGAAACUUUUGCAAAGCCUUGGCGGAAAUGAAAGGGUCAAUUACAUUGCAUGAGGCUCUAAAUACUCGUGAUGCUUAUCAAAAGACCCCUCUACACUACGCGGCCGAAAACUCUCAAUGGCAAGCGGCUCAAGUAUUAAUUGAGAAUGGUGCAGAUCUGGAUGUACAAGACGCCGAAGGCAAUACACCUUUGAUGUUGGCUGUGAAGACGAAGAAGGAUCGUAUGACAAUUCAGCAGCUUCUGAAGGGCGGAGCUGAUGUUAAUGUUGCCAACAAUAAGGGAGAAUUGCCGAUCCAGGUGGUUAAGCCUACGUUAAGAUACUUGUUCCAACCUGACCACGACCAGCCACAAGAGGAGGAGGAAGAAGAAGAGGAGAGUGAUAGUGAAGAUGAUGAUAUUGUUUAA